UCAAAAAUCAUGCGAGCUCCUCAUUUAACUCCAUAUUCUGAAUACCUAUCUUGCCUUGUUUCCCCGUAUUUUUACACCAUUUGGAUGAAUUUCCUGUGGGGAAUACUAAAACGAUGCCAGAUCUGCAUAUAUAUUACUAAAUCUGCGGAUUUUGCAGUUUCGCUGCAGAUUUUUGCAGAUUACGAAUAUUUAGCAGAACAAAGCCUAAGCCAGCUAAUUUUACCCAGCCUUCAACGUUUCUGAUCAUUGAAAAUAUCAACACACUACAUUUCUAUGUCAAAUUGAAUGAAGAUUUUUGCAGAAAUCUGCAGACUUUUAUAUUUUUACUGCAAGCUAUUGUUUAAAUAGACCUGGCAUCACUGAUGCUAAAAUAAUUCAUUCAUAUACCUGUCAAAAACAUAGAACACUGCACGAAAGUGUAUAACCUAACUAUUCUGACAGUUCAGAGAGUUUGUUUACAUGGACUUGCAAAAUUUUUGAUUCAACUUGGGUGAAUACUUUCGAUGCUCUUUGAAGAAAAUCAACUCAAGAAGGAUAAGGAUUGGAACAUUGGAAACCUGGUUCAUACACUGACCAAUCGACGCUGGAUGGAAACCCCGUUGGUUAAAUCUAAUUUGAUGACCAGACUUUAAUAGGGAUUUUUCAUGAAACCGCAUUUUUCAAAUUGGCAGACGCGAUAACUCAAAAACUUUUCAGCUGAUUGACUUCAUAUUUUAAUGAGAGUGCAUAAUAUGUGAAGCCAGUCGAUGAGCCACGGAAAACUGAAUUAAAAAAAAUCUCCACAUUAUUUUGAAGAAAAACAAUUUGAUCAAGAGUUAUCAGGAACAUCUGCUCUUGGAACAAGAUCUCCCAUGAACAUCGACAGUAAACGAAGGGAUCGACGAUCUCGAAACAUUCGUCGAGCUUAAGGUUCAAGUUACCGUUUUUAAGCAUGUGUUAGAAUUGAACGCUUGGUAGUGUGCGUAGGAAAAUUUGUGUUCAGCUUUGCCACCGGAUUAUCCAUAUAAACCUUUUUAAAACUCUAAAAGAAGAAUAUCAGUCGAUUUAUUAGAUCAUCACGAUUCAAUUCAUGCAAAAUACCUGUUGGAAAAACCAUCGGCUUAGCUGGAUGGUGCUUUUGAAAAAGUGGCUGUGGUUUUUUCAUUGCGCAGUUGUGUUGCGUAUCCCCGCUCGGUGUGGUAGUGUGACAAAAAAUCACAGCCACUUUUUCAAAAGCACCAUCCAGCUAAGCCGAUGGUUUUUCCAGCAGGUAUUUUGCAUGAAUUGAAUCCUGAUGAUCUAAUAAAUCGACUGAUAUUCUUCUUUUAGAGUUUUGAAAAGGUAUAAAUGGAUAAUCUGGUGGCAAAGCUGAACACAAUUUUUCUUACGCAUACUACCAAGCCUUGAGGUAACUUGAGCCUUAAAGAGCAGGAUUUCAUAAGGCUACAACUGAAAACAAAAACGAUAAAGAUGGUUCAACGAAUGCAGAAGGAAUUACUAAACGAUUCCAUGUUCAUUGAACGACUCGAAAGCGACGACGAAAAUGAUCCAACAGUUGCAGCACAACAAAAUGACUUCUCGUGCGAAACAAUUCAACUAGAAAAGGUUACCAAUAUUGACGAAAUAUUUAGUACAACACAAACUGGAAACGAAGUAAUGGAAAUAUUAAGAACAAAUACUAGUCCUAAUGAGCAGUGUUUGAAAACAAUAAAAACCGUUUUGUGUGAUUUCCUUCGAUCAAAUUAUGGAUUGCGCCCUCCUACGUUCUAUAAAAACUUGCUAGCGCAAUUGCUAGUUAAAAGAUAUCCAGUGCUUGCGUCAGCGACAUGUGAUGUUCCACAAGCCUUGUGGUUCCAUCCGAAUGCUCGUGGUAAGAAUCGCCAUUCAGGGCGACUCCAUUAUCAUAUGGAGUAUCUUGCGCGUAAAUCAGGAGAGAGAGUUAUACCCCGGAACAAACUACAAAGAGUGUCCCAGCUUGACACACUUCCUGACGUGUCUCCAAUAAUACCUGCAAAUGAUAUGGAUCAAUUAAUAAUCGAACAAAAAUUCUUAUGUCCGGGGCCCAACACAAAAGCACGAGCAAUAGAAUUGUGGCAACUCACUUUCGCUGAUCGUGAUAUUUUCCGUAAACGAGCUGAAAUGGGAACUUACCUUAAAGAUAAUCCGAUGUCGACUGCUUUUAAUGGACUUUUGAUUACAUUGGAUUUUGAAGCACUUGUACAUAAUACGAACAAUUUUAUGGAUCAAUUCGAAGAUUUGAAACCAAUGGUCCUAGCAAGAUACCAUGAACUGUACCAGAAUAUUACGGAUGAUACGGCAAGGGUUCUAGCAAUUAUUAGGAAAUAUAAUCCAAGUCGUGGCGCGAAAAGAGCAAAGGAUGCGGAUCCAGUAAAAGAAAAUGCGCUGAAGGAUAUAAUUGAAUGGCUACAGAUUCUUGUUGGAAGCGUCGUGGUCGUAGCCCAUCGAACGCAACUGCGUGUAGUCAAGGAGGGUGUUGAGAUAGCACGACCGAAUGUUGUUAUUUCCGCAUCAACGCAGCAUCCUAUAAUGGCUCCAGUGCAGGAAGACAGCGAACCGGAGUUCAGGGGAUUCCCUGAGAUCGAAACGAGAAGAGGAACAAAAAGGAAAACCGAAGCGGUGAACUCACCACUUCGACAACUCAGGCGUUCUAAGAGAAUGAGGACUAAAAAGGUGGAUAAUGUUUUCGUCUACGGAAAAAAAUUAAGUUGAAUUUAACAGUAAUGAAUUAUAGAAAAGCUAAGUUAAAUGCUAAAAUAUAGUUAAGUUCAAAACAAAAAUAGGAUAAGAAACAAAAUUAUACUAUGAGUUAUAAGAAAGUUGAUUAAUAUCAAUUUCGGAUUCUAUAUAGCUGAAUGUUUUCAGUUUUCGAAUUUUAAUUGAAUUGCAUUUUCGUUAGGGGGAAGAGCUGUUACAUCAGCAACAUUAAGUUGCUUUUUCGUACAGUGUAACAAAAACUGUUAUACAAUGUUUUUACUAUAAAACAUGUCUAAAUGAAUUUACGGUGUUCACUGACACCAAUACCAAUUCAGACCUAGCUUAAAAGCAUCUAGAAAAUAUAGAGCUGGUCUCAGUUUACUAUCAACUUACAAAGUGACUACAACUUUAUUACAACCGAAACCCGAUUCGUUUUCCACCCCGUCGACCAUUCCACUUGGGUAGC